AUGGCAAAAGAAGAUGAAAAUGAUCUUUGGAAUUUAUUUAAUGAUGAUGAAAUUUCUCCAGAUUCUACACUUACUCCUAAUAUAUCAAAUAGAAAUACAAUAGUUAAUAAACGUUCAAAACCUUUUUUACAAUGUGCUGUUUGUGGUGAUGAUGCUUAUGGCUAUAAUUUUGAUGUUGUUUCAUGUGAAUCUUGUAAAGCUUUUUUUCGUCGAAAUGCAUUACGACCACAGAACUCAUUCAAAUGUCGUGGUAAUGGUCAUUGUGAAGUAACUGUUGCAACUAGAAAACGUUGUAAAAAAUGUCGAAUAGAAAAAUGUUUCCGAAUGGGUAUGCGUAAAGAAUGGAUUCUAUCUGAAGAAGAUAAACAAAGAAAAAAAAGUAAAAUAGAAGAAAAUCGUCGUCGUAAACAAACGAAUGAUCCUACUAAACCACGUCGUAGACGUACUCAUACAUACUCUCGAACAGAUGAAACUAGUCCUAUUAAUAGAUCAUCUUCUCAUAUAACAACUAAUGAUGUAAUAUCAUUAAUGUCACAAUUUGAUUGGACAAAAAUUCAACAAGUUCAAACAGCAUAUAGUGAAGCAAUUGCAUAUAAUCAAGUUGUUGGUGUACCACCUUAUCCUGCAACACACCCAAUACAUUCAACACUUGAAUUAAUACGUAUUCCAACAUAUUUAUCAUCAUUACGUCUUAUAACAUAUUUAAGAAAAAUACCUGAAUUUGAAUUAUUUGAUUCUGAAGAUCGUGUUACAUUAAUUAAACAUAAUUUAUUAGCAAUUGUAUUUAUACAUAUAGUUUUAAUUUAUGAUCCUAUUGCUGAUACAUAUCAUGAACAUAAUACAGAAGAUCCUAUUUUUCAAGGAUAUGAUUGGAUUGAAAUAUUAGGUGAAGAAUUUUAUCAUGAUAUAACAGCAACAGUAAAAAAAUUAAUUCAAAUACUUGAAUAUGAUCGUGUUUUAAUUAAAUUACUUUUAUUAAUUAUUUUAUUUACUAAAGGUUUUUGUGCUUAUGAUAUUGCACAUGAACCAUCAUUAAAUAAUACAUUAAUUGUAUUUAAUACACAUAAUAUGUAUGUUGAAAUAUUAUAUAAAUAUUGUUUACAUCAAUAUGGUUUAAAUCGAACAAUAAAUUUAUUUACAAAACUUACUAAUCGUUUAUUUGAUAUACAAAGAUUAUCAGCACAUUUAAAAGAUUUUGUACAUUCAAAUGUUGAUGCUACACAAUUAUCUCCAUUAAUGCAAAGUGUAUUACAAGUAUCAGAUUCAAAUUUGUCUAGUUGA